UCGGACUUUGAAGCCCCGCGGUUCGGUGUGUGUUCACGAGGAGCCGGUUCGAGCCUCUUCCUGUCGGUCUGGACGGGUUCGAGGUCUCUUGUGAUACCGGAGGUCUCCAAAAAAAACCGACAAUGUCUCUGAGAGAAGACGCGGAGGAGUCGAAGUUGACCUCGGGGCAGCGCACCGGGGCUCCGGUGAACCGGAGGGCGGUGUGCGGCGGCUGCAACCGCCUGUACCGGGACCCGAAGAUCCUCCCGUGUCUGCACACCUUCUGCUCGGACUGCAUCAGCCGGCUGGAGCCCUUCUCGGUGUGCGCGCGCGGUGGGAGCGGCGGGAGCGGUGGGAGCGGCGGGAGCGGCGACGCGGUGGACGGGCACCGCACUGGCGUCACGGUGCUCUGCCCCCACUGCGACUCCGAGGUGGACAUCCCGCCGUCGGGGCCCGCGGGCCUGAGCACGGACCACCUGGCCCUGGACCAGGUGUUCCUGGAGGCCCUGCGGGCCGGAGGGCCUCUGGGCUGCGACCUGUGCGGCGAGGGCGGCGCGGAGAGCCGCUGCGACGUCUGCUGCGUCCACCUGUGCGCCUUCUGCUGCCAGGCGCACAGGCGUCAGAAGCGGACGGCGUGCCACUCCGUUCAGCGCCUGGAGGAGCUGAAGUCGUGCGGUCGCCUGCGGCGCCCGAUCCUCUGCUCGCUGCACCCCGGCCAGGAGCUCCGCCUCUUCUGCCCGCCGUGCGACCGGCCCGUCUGCCUGGAGUGCGCCGCCACGCUGCACCGCGACCACGGCGGCCGGCCGGCCCGCGACGCCGCGGAGCGCCACGGGGGGCGCAUCCGGGACGUGGUGGCGGCGAGCCUGAGGCCUCGCAUGGAGCGCCUGAAGGACGCACUGCUCCAGGUGGACGUUUCCCAGGAUGCUUUGCAGGCCCGCGUGGACGCGACGGCCAAUGAGGUGAGGGCGUUCUCCCGGGCGUACGCCAGCGCUGUGGAGGCCCACUGCCGGUCUCUGCUGCAGCGCCUGGAGGAGUUGCGGGUGCAACGCCGUAACCAGCUCCACCUGCAGAGGGCGCAGUUGCAGCAGGCCCUGCUGGACGUGGGCGGCGGCGUGGAGUUCGCCGAGCGGCUGCUGAGCUGCGGCUCCGACGCCGAGAUCCUCGCCGCCAAAGGAGUGACGCUGAGGAGGCUGACCGGCCUGCUGGAGGCGGGCUAUGACCCCCGCCCGGCGGACGACGCCGGCGCCGGCAUCAGCUUCGUGGCCGACGAGCCGGCCGGCGAGGUGGACGGAUACCCGCUUGUCGGCGUGGUCAACGCCACGACGCUGGACCCCAGCAGGUGCACCAUCGAAGGGGAAGGUCUACGGCGGUGCGUUCAGGGCCAGCGGGGCCACUUCACCCUGGUGUGCCGGGACUCUGCCGGGGAGCGGGUGGAGCGCGGUGGCGAGCCCGUCCUGGUCUCUGUUGUCCACAAGGAGGCCAAGAACUGCGCGGUGGAGGCGGCGGUGCUGGCCCUCAGCGACGGGUCCUACAGAGUCUCGUACACGCCGGAGGAGCUGGGAGCGUAUUCAGUCUGUGUCUGUGUGGGAGCUCAGCACGUCAAGGGCUCUCCGUUCCUCCUCCAUGUGACGAGGUCGUCGAGGCGUCAUGGCGGAACGUUCCACUGCUGCUCCUUCUGCUCCAGUGGGGGGGCCAAGGAGGCUCGCUGCGGCUGCACAGGCACCAUGCCAGGCGGGUUCAAAGGCUGUGGUCACAGUCACAGAGGUCACCCUGGGAAGCCUCACUGGUCGUGUUGCGGCAGCACGACGGAGCAGUCCGAGUGUCUACCGCCCAGCGUGCUGAGGGCCGUGUCUCCUCGAGGACACCUGAGGACCGUGGAGCUGUGAGGAGAUGAGGAGAUGAGGAGAUGAGGAGAUGAGGAGAUGAGACGAGGAGAUGAGGAGACGAGGGCCGUGUCUCCUCAAGGACACCUGAGGACCGUGGAGCUGUGAGGAGAUGAGGAGACGAGGAGAUGAGGAGAUGAGGAGAUGAGGAGACGAGGAGAUGAGGAGAUGAGGAGACGAGGGCCGUGUCUCCUCGAGGACACCUGAGGACCGUGGAGCUGUGAGGAGACGAGGAGACUCCAGCUAUGAGCUAACAGGUUUCCACCGUUCAGUCUAACCUUCAGUCGUGUUAUUAUAUAACAUUAUAUAUUAAUAUGAUAUAACACUAUAUAUUAAUAUGAUAUAACACUAUAUAUUAAUUCACAGAUUAGACCUUUAAUGGUUGUUAGUUGUUCACGGUGCCAUGGUUUUAUUUUAUGAGGAGAUAAAUCUGUUUAUUAAUAUCUUUUUAAACCUUAAAGCUGCUGAUGUCAAUGUUUCAGACCUUUCAUGUCAAACUUGUUUCAAUAGAAACAUUUAACUGUUGAACUUUAUUACUUUUAUAUUUUUCAGUCAAGGAGAAUAUAUAUUUUAUACUGUAAAACACGAUAAUAAUGCUGAGAUAUGUAAACAGUCAUUCUUAAUGUUCCACACCGACGCUGUGAAAGUACACGUUGUCAUUAAGAUGAUUAUUAUUAUUUCAUCAAAUAUUCAGAAGUCAUUGCCAACAAAUAUGCAGCCAAAAUAUGUAUAAUUAAAUGCUAGUUACAUAAGCUGU